CGGAUUGUCCGCGCGGGCUCGCCGUAGAACGAACGACGUCACCGGUCAGAGGUGAAGGAACAGAAACAACAUGGAGACGGAGGAGAGGAGGAGGAGCGCAGGCUCCCUGAAAAACUCUAAAAAAGGCGGGAAACGUGUCAAAGCACUGACAGCUGAAGAAGAAGCACGAAGAAGGGAGGUGGUGAAGGAGAAGUUAAGGGAGAAGUUGGAGCUGGAGAAAAGAGCCCUGAAGAUUGUGGAGCGUCUCCUGGAGGACAGCGUGGCUGAAGAAUUUCUGGUUGACUGUGCAAAGUUCAUUACUCCCGUGAAUUACAAAGACACUAUAGAGGAGAGAUCCAUUGCUAAACUGUGUGGUUAUCCCAUCUGUCCAAAUAAACUGGGAAAGAUCCCGACUCAGCAGUUUAAAAUUUCUACUAAGACCAAUAAAGUUUACGACAUCACAGAACGCAAGUGUUUUUGUAGUAACUUCUGCUACAAAGCCUCCAAAGAGUUUGAGCUACAAAUAUCAACUACACCUCUUUGGCUCAGGCAGCAUGAAAGUCCUCCACAAAUUAAAUUGCUAAAAAAAGGAGAUGGUGUAUCCAGCGGGAGUUCUGGUGAGGAGGUGAUAAUGUUGGAGAGGCGUCUCCAAGAAAAGGACAUCGAGGACCCUUUGGCUACUCAACCUGAGGACGCUCACAGCUCUCAGCUCCGAUCUGUUGCAGCCGAGCACAGUCACAGCGAAAGCAGCGACAUUGAACAGGAGCAGGACUUUGUCUCCAGCAUGGUCUGCCAGCGGCAGGGACCCAGGGUGCACUGGGGCGACCUGCCUAAACGUACAGAUGAUGACAAUAAAGGUGAACGAGGGAAGAAAGACAGAAGAGGGGGCAAUGAAGAGGAGGUUGAUGGGCAUCGAAGUGGAGACGCAGGGAGGGAAGGAAAAAUGAGAGAAUAUGAGAACGGUCAGGAGUCACAUUCAUGUAAAACCGAAGUUAAAACAGACACUGAAAAACCCAAACAGCUGCUCUCAGUGAACACAGACAAACUUAAUGAGGAGCACGUGUCAGAGGAGAACAGUUCGCCUGAGGGACCCAGUGUGGAAGAAGCUACAGCCAAGCUGAAUUUGUGCAAUUUAUCUGAGAGGAUCACUCACACUGCCCCCCUGCCUGUUGACUCAACAGCCACACAAGCAGAUCUACUCACCUCUCCACCAUGUGAAGAUUCAAACCCCUCAACAGAAAACGAACAUCUCCCUUCGACUCUGAUCAGCACAAAUCACGACAGCCACAACACUGCAUUGACCGACCAACUGGAACUCAACAUCACCCAGGUGGGCAUGAGCAAGAGAGGGGCAGCAGGGCUACGAGAUCUACUCAAGAACCACACUGCUGGAGCCAAACCUGAUCCCAUCCGGCUGGCUCUCCUCGAGUGCCUGAAGAAAACAUUAAAAGACUGGAGCACUGACGAGACGCUGAAGUUCCUGUACGGGGCUGGUCAUUCACUCAGCUCUCCUUUUGCCGAUGUUGAAGAAGACAAAGAGGAGGAGGAAGAGGAGCUGGACGAAGACGACUUUGACGAUGAGGAUGCAGAAAGAGUUGAUGCUGGGGUGCAGAGGAAAGCCUCUGCUCCAGCUCCAGACUAUGAGACACUGCAGAAGGAGGGCCAGCAGCUGGAGCUAAGAGUCAGGGAAUUUUAUAAGGGGACCUGGAUUCUGCCUGAGGAGGAGGAGAAACCGCAUGGAGACGAGGUUACAGUCCAAGACCAGAGCACGGAGUGCCCAGUUCUGCCGCUCGUGGACUCCAAUGCUCAGCAUCUCAUCCAGAAACGAAUCACAGUGGAAAAGCUCACCAGCUGCCUCAAAAACAUCGUCGGCCCACUGCGUCUCACCAUGACUGACGUCUCAGCUGACCUGAACAACUUAGUCAGGACUUUCAGGUUCACCAACACAAACAUCAUCCACAAAACUCCAGAGUGGACGCUCAUAGCCGUUGUGCUUCUGCAUCUGUUGUCAGAGGUGUCUGCGAUGGUGCGAGAAGCUUUGGAGACACCGGCAUCUGUGGAGUAUUUGAACACGCUGAUGGAGGAGCUUGGCCUUCAGGAGCAGGACCUUCUGAACUUAGUCCGGCUGUUUAAAACCCCGGCACACUGACACACACACUCACCCAGACAUGGACAUACGAAUAAUAAAUAUACACUCAGGAUCUUGGACUGAAUGAAGUAUGUGUUUGUUUUCCACAAAUAAAGUUGGUUGGAGUAACUUUUAAGACAAAAACCCAUGUCCUUUUUUUGUGGUUUAAGUCUGCAUGCUCUUUCACUAUUGAUAUUGUGCAGCAGCAUUAUUGUAUGUACACAAUCUGUGGUGAGAUAUGUGCAAAUCAGAUCCUUGAAGUUUUAGAGCACUGCGUGUUUAACCUCUGCAUGGCCAAAUAAAUCACACCCAGCUUUUCCCAGUGAAAACGCCAUGUGGACACGCUGGUUAUCGCUGCACUUCUGCUGUAAUAAAAGUGACGCCAUUUCUCCAGACUUCCUUCACAUGGAUGUUUAUGGCACCAUAAUGUCAUUUGUUAUAUGGGUAUGUUAACAAUGGUGUGUGAAAAUAUUUGGUUUUGACCAGGUGGCGCACGCAACAAAACGUUUUUCUAUUUAAUAGUGGAGAUAUAACUUUGACCUGUCAUGCAGAUUGGGGAUGUGAUUGAUAGCCUGCAUGAUUCAAACACAGCUUCUCGUUUUUCACAACUGUACCAACAAUCAGUGGACAGAGGCAGGGAAUGAUUU